GACUGCAGAAUACUUGCAUUUGAUUUUACUUCUGGAAAUUUUUAACUUCUUUAACGAAACAUGGCCCAGGAUAUGACACUGCACUGGUCUUCUGGAUCUCCUCCAUGCUGGAGGGUCCUGAUUGCCCUGGAAGAGAAAAACCUGAAGGGUUAUAAUCAGAAGCUGCUGUCUAUGGAGAAAGGAGAGCACAAAGGGAAAGAGACACUGGAUAUCAACCCGAGAGGACAGGUCCCUGCAUUCAAGCAUGGAAAUAACGUUGUGAAUGAGUCUAUUGCAGCUUGUCUGUACCUGGAGAGUCAGUUCAAAUCCAGUGGGAACAAGCUGAUCCCCGACAGUGCACAGGAACAGGCUCUGACGUACCAACGCGCACUGGAGGCACUGAACUUGCAGCAGAGACUUGCUGAUCUUGCCCAGUACACUAUGCGAGUACCAGAGGCAGAGAGACAUGAUUCUGCUGUGAAGAGAAACAGAGAGGCACUGGCUGCAGAGCUGCAAAUUUGGGAGGGUUACCUGCAGAAGGGUGGACCAUACCUGGCUGGAAAGAACUUCUCAAUGGCGGAUGUUGUUUUCUUCCCAUUGAUUGCUAUUAUCCUGCGUUUUGGGUUGUCCCAAGAGAAACAUCCCAGUCUGACUCGGUAUUACAACCAGGUGAAGGAUCGUCCCAGUGUUAAAGCCACAUGGCCCCCACACUGGGUGAAUAACCCUCCAGGAAUGGACAUGCUGAAAGACCUGUGAAAGUCAAUAAGGCUUCAGGAUGUUUUCUGACUGAUAUUAUAUCAUUUUACAGUCUUUUUUACUUCUGCUGUUUGUUUUAAAGUAAUUUAAUGUUAAGAGUUUUGUGAUUAUGAUAGAAAGUUAGAAGUUAUUAUUGUAGCUCCUUGCUGAGAAAAUAAAGCUGAGAAGAUGUUU